AUGGAAAUGUUGAAAGACUUCAAGUUCGAUAUCUCAUAUCAUUCUAGCAAGGCCAAUUUAGUGGUGGACGCCUUCACUCGUAAAAAGAUAAUCGAAUUUACCGCCCCGCUAAUGGUAAGAGAGUGGGACAUGGUGGACUUUGUACGGGACUUCGACAUGAAGCUAACCGUGGAGGAACCAUAUGAGGUUAUAGCCCACAUUCAGGCCCAGCCAAUGAUUAACAGUAAAAUCAUUGAAGCCCAUGAGGACGAUGAGCUUUUAGGAAAGAUGAGAGAGAGGGCAAAGAGCGAUGUGAAGUCCGAAUGGAGAGUCAGCACCGAUAGGGGAUUGCGGUACCGAGGCCGCCUUUGUGUCUCAAAUCUUCAGGGGUUACGAGAAGAAGUUCUAAAUGCCGCUCACAACUCCAAGUUGGCGAUGCAUCCUAGUAGUACUAAAAUGUACUGGGAUCUUAAGUGA